CUCUCUCUCUCUAAUCUGUUCGGUAACUAUUCUAUUGCUUAGAUCACUUAGUAAUAAUGAUUUGAAGCCCUCGCAAUUGAUCCAUUUAUCUUGGAUUGCUUUGAGAGCGAUGGUGUUCUUCAGAGGUGUUUCGGCGCUUUCCAAGCUACGUUCUCGUCUUGUUCAGCAACCAAGUCUGACCAGCACUGUGAGGUGGCUUCAAAUAGAAACCUCCUCUGAUCUUGAUCUUCAUUCUCAGCUGAAGGAACUAAUUCCCGAACGGCAGGAGCGCCUGAAGAAACUGAAGUCAGAACAUGGAAAGGUUCAACUGGGGAACAUUACAGUUGAUAUGGUUCUUGGAGGAAUGAGAGGAAUGACAGGUUUGCUGUGGGAAACCUCAUUACUUGACCCUGAUGAGGGCAUUCGGUUUCGGGGUUUGUCGAUACCUGAAUGUCAGAAAGUAUUACCAGCAGCAAAGCCUGAUGGAGAGCCAUUGCCCGAGGGUCUGCUCUGGCUCCUUUUAACAGGAAAGGUACCAACCAAAGGGCAAGUAGAUGCAUUAUCUAAGGAAUUACGAAGCCGUGCUGCAGUUCCAGAUCAUGUGUAUAAAGCAAUUGAUGCCCUUCCUGUUUCAGCUCAUCCAAUGACCCAGUUAACAACUGGUGUCAUGGCUCUUCAGGUUCAGAGUGAAUUCCAGAAGGCAUACGAGAAGGGGAUCUCCAAAUCAAAGUACUGGGAACCAACGUAUGAGGACUCCCUUAGUUUAAUUGCUCAAUUGCCAGUUGUAGCUGCUUAUGUCUAUCGAAGGAUUUACAAGAAUGGCCGAGUCAUACCCAAGGACGAUUCCCUGGAUUACGGUGCCAAUUUUUCCAACAUGCUUGGUUUUGAUAGUCCUGAAAUGCAUGAGCUUAUGCGGCUUUACAUCACCAUUCACAGUGACCAUGAAGGUGGGAAUGUUAGUGCACACACUGGUCAUCUAGUUGCCAGUGCCCUUUCAGAUCCUUACCUUUCGUUUGCAGCUGCAUUAAAUGGUUUGGCUGGACCACUCCACGGCUUGGCUAAUCAGGAAGUUUUGCUAUGGAUCAAAUCUGUGGUAGAUGAGUGUGGCGAGAACAUAACCACAGAACAGUUGAAAGACUAUGUUUGGAAGACACUGAACAGUGGAAAGGUUGUUCCUGGAUUUGGACACGGUGUUUUACGGAAAACUGAUCCAAGAUAUAUGUGUCAGAGGGAGUUUGCAUUGAAGCACCUACCUAAGGAUCCACUGUUUCUGCUGGUGUCUAAGCUUUACGAAGUGGUGCCUCCUAUCCUUACCGAGCUUGGCAAGGUCAAGAACCCUUGGCCUAACGUUGAUGCCCACAGCGGGGUGUUACUGAAUUAUUAUGGGUUAACUGAAGCAAGAUACUUUACUGUUCUUUUCGGUGUAUCGAGGUCUAUUGGGAUCUGCUCUCAGCUAAUAUGGGACCGAGCUCUUGGCUUACCACUGGAGAGGCCGAAGAGCGUUACGACGGAAUGGCUUGAAAAUCAUUGCAAGAAAUCAGCUUAGUCUAGUUACUUCAUAAGAAUACAAGAAUGAUGCAUGAGUUUUCUCAAUAAUGGAUUUUUGGGGAAUGUGAGGGUGGUUUAAAGUGGGGACCUUUUCCUCAUCGGAUUGUAGUUUGUCCGACGGGCGUUUCAAAUGUGUAGCUGCCAGAGCUCCAUCCCUAAAUUUUGUAUCCAGUGAUUUGGAUUUGUUAUUCUUGCUUUGCUAACCAUGGAUUGCGGUUUAUGCUUGAA